CCUUCACAUCCCGAUCUCAUUUUCUUGGCUGGAUGGAUGGGGAUAUACUUCUUCCACACCCUACAAAAAUACACAUAACUUCUUGUAUUUUUAAAACACCCCCAAACGGGAGAUUUUCUAAAAAUGAUUAAAACAAAACAAAUUUUGGGGAGGAACACAGAAAUAUAUUAAAUCACUUUCACAUUACCCAAAAAGGAAAUUUACAACGUAUGAAACUGUAAAGAGGAUAUUGAUUUUAGUAGUUUAAUAAAAAACUUUAAAAAACCACGAUAUCCAUUCAUACCGAUAAGCAAGUUUCACUAAAGAAGAAUCAUCAUCAUCAUCUACGACAGCAAUUUUCUUUCUUAGACAAUAGACUACUUGUUGUGGAGGCUGGCCCACAUAAAUUACAAUUAAUCAAGAGACAAUCCAUCAAUCUUCUUCUUCUUCUAAACCAUCCAUCCAUCAUGAAAACAACCGGAAUCCACAAACCCCCUGGUUUCAUGAUCCCAGCAUGCUUUUAUGGACCCAGGAACAUUUCAGGGAUGAUCACAAUGAAAAUGAAUUCAAAUGAAACAAACAAAGUGGAGUUAUCAGUGUUGCAUCUUCAUGAAAACUCUGAUUCUCAAUUACAACAACCUACAACUCUUCAGUUUGACCGGCUGCAACCCGUGUUUGUUCCAGACAAAAAGCAUGAGUUUGGACAGUUUGUAGCAAGACAAGCUGUGCUUGACGAAGAAUAUUGGACGGCAGCAUGGCUACGAGCAGAAACCCACUGGGAAGAUAGGAGGAAUGAUAGAUUUGCUGAUAGCCAUAAAAGGAAAUUUACAGAGCAGGAGUUUCACGCUCUAAAACGCCAGUCUGAAACAAAACUUGGACAAAAAAGUUCCUGCAUUGUCACGGUAAAGAAAGAACAUGGGCAUGAGAAACAUACUGUACUAAAGAGUGUAGUUGGAACUCUUGAUGUCAGCAUCCGGCCCUUCUUGCAUGGAGAGACUUUCCCUGGGGAAAUAGUCAAAGCACCUAUUUUCUACAAUGCAGACAGAAAAGAGCCAAAAAACCAAUAUGGUUACAUUGCAAAUUUAUGUGUAGCCAAGUCAGCACGUCGACAGGGUAUCGCAAGAAACAUGUUACAUUUUGCUAUGGAGUCUGCCAUAUCAGAUGGUGCAGAACAAGUGUAUGUGCAUGUACAUAAAAAUAACCUAGCUGCACAGGAACUUUACCAAAAGAUAGGAUUUAAGGUGGUGGACUUGGCCAGCCCUCAGCUGUCUAGAGAUAAAAUGUACUUGCUUUGCUACAGAGCGUAAAACACAAACACAUAUUGUUCAUUCUUUUACUAUAGAAAAUGAACCCCCAAUGACCACUAUAAAAUUGUAUAUUACAUAGUUCAAACCGAUGAAUAUUUUUACCUACACAGAGUCCUUUGUUGAUAUCAGUA